UUGUUUAACUAAAAUUAAAAGUAUUAUAAAAUUGUUUAAGUAUAUGGAUAACGAGAAGUACAAGUGGCCGGCUUAUGACGAACCGUCGUAUCGUGAAGACAAAUCAGAUGACAUCAAGGCUCGUUUUGUAAGCAAGAGAGCCAUUUUGGUUGACUUAUUCACGUAUAUUAAUGGUAGAGUUGACGAAGUUACUGAUGUUCUUGAACUUUGUAAAGCAAUUGGUUUUGCGACUAGUAAAAAAUUUUUUUAA